UCUGUGACCUGAGGGUGGACAGCCAGAAGCAGAGGCACCCAUCCGGCGGCGUUUCUGUUUCUUCUGAGAUGGUCUUUGAAUUGGAAGGCGUUGAGCUGGGAGCAGAUGGAAAGGUCGUGUCUUAUGCAAAGUUCCUGUACCCUACUAACGCUCUGGUCAUACACAAGAAUGACAGCCAUGGCUUGCUGCCCCAGCCUCGGCCCAGCAUCCCCAGGGCUCCACCAGGUUCAAGACACAAACCUGUGCCUACCAAGUCAACACCAGCUGGCACAGAACUAGGAAGCGACGGGGGAGAUGCAGUGGAAUACAAUCCCAACCUCCUGGACGACCCACAGUGGCCGUGUGGAAAACAUAAGCGUGUACUCAUCUUUGCUUCAUACAUGACCACCGUUAUAGAGUAUGUGAAACCUGCAGACCUCAAGAAGGAUAUGAACGAGACCUUCAGGGAGAAGUUCCCUCAUAUCAAACUGACAUUGAGCAAAAUUAGGAGUUUAAAACGGGAGAUGCGGAACCUUUCUGAAGAGUGCAGCUUGGAGCCUGUGACCGUGUCCAUGGCAUAUGUGUACUUUGAGAAGCUCGUACUGCAGGGCAAGCUCAACAAACAGAACCGCAAACUGUGUGCUGGAGCUUGUGUUCUGUUGGCUGCCAAGAUCAGCAGUGACCUCCGCAAGAGUGAAGUGAAGCAGCUUAUUGACAAGCUGGAGGAAAGGUUCCGGUUCAACAGGAAAGACCUCAUUGGCUUUGAGUUCACGGUGCUCGUGGCUUUGGAACUGGCUCUGUACCUCCCUGAGAACCAAGUGUUACCUCACUACAGACGCCUCACCCAGCAGGCAUAA